ACUCCUCGAACACACCCAUACGCCUCCCUAACAGCAGGACACCCAAAGAGGCCUGCCUAAUGAGGGAUCAGAUCACACACACCUCCCUCUGAUGGCCAGGAAUCACCUCCCACUGACGAAUGGGCUCAAACCAAAGGUUCGCCUCCCGCUGACGACCCAAGAGUAACAUCCCUCUCAGAAGGAAGAAGAACUGCCCCUGAAGAUUCAAACCUACACUGAUGAACUAAGUUACUAACCGCAAUCUGUCACGCAGGACCAAAUUCCCUUUUAUGACCCCGGUGAUACUAUCUAUCCAUGACUCUCAUUGCAUGUCCGAUUGGGCGACUUUAACCCCCUCAAUGCAGUCAACAUCCUUAUGAUCAAUAACCACCACAAACAAAUCUCAGUUAUGCCUGUCAGGAGUUCUAGGCACUUUCUCUAAUUUAUUAAUGAUGUCCACCAUUAAUUACUGACAGGUGUGAGGAAUAGCCUACUAUUGCAUUGUGUUAAUCAGUCAACAAAAUGCCAAUAAUUGUCCUUGUCUACUUCUCUGAUAACAGUGUAGUAGCAAUUUUGUGGCAUAGACUAUGCAAGUUGUCAUACAUUGUAAUGAAAUCACUGCCUUUUAUGAAUGAGCUCUUGAUCAAAGGGGUGUGUGUACCAUUUAUUUGACCCUUCACACAGACCCACUGCGUUCUCAGUAAACGGUGAGAUCAAUGCAAACAAGUCUGCCAGAUAACAUGGGAGUCACAAUUCUCUUUCUUUUUUUAAAUGGUAUGGAGUGCCAAUACUUUUAAUUGUUUCGCCAGACAUUUACGUUUUUUUUAUUGUUUCCCUCAAAUAAACCCGUUGUGAACCAGGUGGGUGUCGUGUCACCAUUUCAAACGAAGCAAGUCUCUUUGUUGUUAAUCAUUACACAGCGGUGAACACUGAAAGACAAGCUAAGCUUUGCAGUAGGAUAUUUAUAAUUCGCUUAGGCUAUAUUUGUUCGCAGUCAGUCUGAAGUUAAUAUUUCUUUCUAUAUAUACAGACAGUAGUAGUUCGGGGGUGUAGGCUACCCUCAGUCUGGCUUUUGGGGGAUUGCGCUGAAGUGAAGUUUGCUGGUUUCUGCUGAACAAGUUUUGUAGUUUCUAUUGCCCAAGAACGCAACGCGACCCCACAAAAAGGGAGGAGGGGAGGUAGAUGAGGUGGUCAGUUUGCCUGAAUUAGGUGGGUUCAAUUUAUAGGACUCCGUGCAGGCUGCGGUGUUGUAAGAAAGUGAGUCUCUUGGCCGCACAGGAAGCAUGCUAUCCGAAACAAUCCCUCCACCGAAAUGCCUACUGGAACCUUACAGGAUACCCGACCGACACCUCUUUGGCCCGGGACCGUCCAAUGUUCCUUCUCGGAUCAGGGAGGCUGGUGCUCAGCCGAUGCUGGGACACCUGCAUGCGGAGACGGUAGAGGUGAUGAACCACAUCAAGAGCGGUGUCCAGUAUGCGUUCCAAACCCAGAACCCCAUGACACUGGCGGUGAGCGGCCCGGGCCAUGCGGCUAUGGAGUGCGCCAUCUUCAACUCGGUGGAGCCGGGGGAGAGCAUCCUCAUUGUAGUCAACGGCAUCUGGGGAGAGAGGGCCUCGGAGAUGGCCGAGAGGAUAGGGGCCAGAGUCAACACAGUAGUGGCAGCACCUGGGGGAUGUGUCACCAUUAAGGACAUAGAACAGGCCCUGGUGAAAUGCAAGCCUGUGGUGCUGUUUAUGUGUCAUGGGGAAUCCUCCACUGGGGUGGUGCAUCCUGUAGAUGACAUCGGUGCUCUGUGCCACAGACAUGGCUGCUUGUUCCUGGUGGACUCGGUGGCCUCCCUGGGUGGUGCUCCCCUCCACAUGGAUAAACAAGAAAUAGAUAUUUUAUACACUGGGUCACAGAAGGUCUUAAACGCCCCGCCAGGGACUGCACCCAUCUCCUUCAGUGAGCGAGCAUGCCAGAAGAUCUUCAACAGAAGGACCAAACCUGUCUCCUACUUCCUGGACAUGAGUUGGCUGGCCAACUACUGGGGCUGUGAUGGCAAAGCUAGGAUGUACCACCACACAGGGCCUGUUUCUGGCUUCUUUGGUCUGAGGGAAGCGCUGGCCAUUCUGGCAGAGACGGGUCUGGAGAACUCCUGGAAGCGCCACAGAGAAGUAGCCGAGUAUUUCCACAGGGGCCUGGAGGCCAUGGGGCUCAAGCUGUUUGUGGAGGACAAGAACGCCAGGUUGCCCACGGUGACGACUAUCAUGGCUCCUCCUGGUUACGAGUGGAAGGAGAUCACAGCCUACAUCAUGAGGACUCACCAGAUCGAGAUCUCAGGAGGACUCGGACCCUCUGCUGGCAUGGUGCUGCGUGUGGGCCUGAUGGGAUGCAAUGCCACAAUAGCCAAUGUCGACAUGAUCCUCGCUGCCCUGGCAGACGCACUCAAACACUGCCACAAGAGCAGGGUCUGACAAGCAAAUCUGGGAAAGACUAUAUGUAAACCAGUCUAAAAAGUCCGUCAUUUCACCUGUUUAAUCUCCUAAUUUAUCAUUAAGGAUUGUCUGUUGAAAUAUGUCUCAGGGAUCAAAAUGUUCACAAUGUGUUGAUAUUUAAAAUUAAAGGAAAAUGUUUCACUG